UUUAUUACGUAUAUAUACACAAACUAUAAACUAUUGUCCACAGGAGUGAUAAUUGUUUUGUUGUGUAUUGCACAUGUGUUUGGACAGAAUGAAGUCUCUCAGCUGUUUUCUUGUGUUAUUGAUUGUGUUGAAAGUUGAUCGGAUCGGUGGUGACUGCAUUCUUUCAUUGAAAAGCGACUUCGGUUCCCCAUCGCCCGUGUAUUUACUGGGCGGAGUCUACCUCACCCCCAAUACAGCGAGCGGCGCUAUUUCAGUGCGUCGCGGCGCUGUCCUGACGGUCGCUUGUCCACAGAGGACGGUCACCAUCGCCGGGCAGGCUACUAGGAAAGAAGUAGUGUCAGUGCGUCGCGGCGCUGUCCUGACGGUCGCUUGUCCACAGAGGACGGUCACCAUCGCUGGGCAGGCUACUAGGAAAGAAGUAGUGGACGCGAAAUGCGUGGCAACGUCCACCUUCUCCGUGGGACGCUGGAGCGGGGAGCUGAACCAGCUGAACUGCAGUUCAGCACCAGUCUUCACCGUCAAGGAGACCAGCAAGGCAUGCUACCGAGGCGGGCAGACGGUCAAGGUGGGCUACACAAUCCGCGACAAGCUGCACGAGCUGUACUCGGCGUGCUUCGACCGCGGCACGCUGAACACGCUCUUCGUCAAGCACGAGCUGUCCCCGAGCAGCGUGAACACACAGUCCGGGCACAACCGCCCGCAGUUCACAGGUGGCGACCUCUUCCCAACCAAAGUCCACAUCGAGAAACUCUACAAGACUCAGUAUGAAAAGGACAGGUUCGACCAGUUACUUGGACCUAAUAUGGCCGACAAGUAUUUUAGCAAGAAUCAGUUCCUGACGCGUGGGCACUUGGCCCCUAGAGCGGACUUCUCCUUCGCAGCACUGCAGCGGGCUACGUUCCACUUCGUCAACGUAGCGCCGCAAUGGAUGAAGGGCAACCGGGGCGAUUGGGGCGCUCUCGAGGAGGCCCUCCGUCGGCGAGUGAAGACCACCAACUCCUCAGUAACAGUCUACACGGGGACCCACGGGGUGCUAGCGCUACCCGGGACCCAGGGAGAGAAGGAACUCUAUCUAUACUCGGACGAAAACAACAAUAUGGCUGUGCCUGUACCGCUAUACUUUUAUAAGCUAGUCCACGACCCAGCCCGCCGCGCAGCCACUGCCUUCAUCACAAUCAACUCCUCCUUCUUCAACGCGUCGACAGAGAACGCGCUGACGUUCUGCGACGACGCGUGCGCGUCCUGGCUGACGUGGCGCGACGACGCGACGCAUAGCUUCUGCUGUAGCUACGACGCGUUUAAUCGCGUUAUAGAACAUAUACCUCAGCUGGAGGUCAACGAACUCUAUUAGAACUAUCAACACAUUCACUGUAAGAACACGUGUGUGUUCAUUUUGUACUGGAAAAGGGGCGUCCGGCACCGAAAGAAGUGGGGCGAUUCUCCUGAGAGCGCUUUCCCAUACGUCCGAUCCGUACCCGUGAAAAUAUGGUCCGUAGUAGCCGUAGAACUAUUUUCAUGGUAAGUUACUCACUAGAUCCGAUCUCCGUCAUCCGAUUUCUUUCCAUCAUUCAACGUGUGCGUUGCGUAACUUACCAUAGAAAUAGUUCUACGGCUACUACGGACCAUAUUUUUACUGGUCCGGAUCUGAUUCGGAUCGGGCGUAAUACGAAACUGCUCUGACGGCUAUUCUCGGCUCCGUUCGUCUCAGCAUUGCUUCAUCACCAUCAACUCCUCCUUCUUCAACGCGUCGACAGAGAACGCGUUGACGUUCUGCGACGACGCGUGCGCGUCCUGGCUGACGUGGCGUGACGACGCGACGCAUAGCUUCUGCUGUAGCUACGACGCGUUUAAUCGCGUAAUAGACCAUGUGCGUCUGGAGGUCAACGAACUCUAUUAGAACUUCUAUCAUUAAUUCAAUUUUAAUUUUUGUUUAUAUUUAGUAGUAUUCAUUAAUAGGAAUUUUUAAAUUAUUAUUUUUGACAUUUGUACACUAUUUUUAUUAACACAUUCACUGUAAGAACACGUAUGUGUGUUCAUUUUGUACUGGGAACGGGUCGUCCGGUACCGAAAGUGUUAAAGUGAUGAGCGAAGUGAUUUUAUUCUCAUCAGAUACGAGACCAAGCCGUGUCGGUGGGACAAAACAGCCUACCUAAUACUUAGGGCAUACUUACUGAAAAUUCCUGGACUGGCCACUUAGAAAAAAUAAGUGGUCUCACAUAAGUAUCAGAAUCCAGAAAUUUUCAGUAUGGCCCACGUAAAAACAUCAUAAUUAUAUUUAACAUUUAUUUUAGUAUCAAUUUUAAUUUAUUUGUAGUUUUAGUUUAUUUAAAUGAGUUAGUUUAUAUUUAUGUUAGAAUUACCUUUUAAUAUAAAUAAAGUUUAACAUUUAAUUCAUUUAAAAAUUUCCAUGUUUAAAUUACAUUAUUAACCAAC